AUGUGUUUUUAUUGGUGGAUAAACAUUCUCAUCUCAGGUGUGACCUCUAUCUUCUAUGUUGUUCUCCUACUAGUGCUUUACAUCAAGCUCAGCAGGAAAAUAGACAAUCAUUCCUGUAGCAAUCAGGUGAGCAGCAGCAGCCCUUCUACAAAACCAGAACAACCCAACACUUGCCAGGCAGCAAAUGAGGCUUUGAAAAGGCCACGCAUCCGGGGUGACAGUGGCACUUCCUCAGACAGCUCUGAGAGCUCAGACAGCAGCCCUUCCAUUAGGCAGUGUCCUCGGUCAGAAGAAGGGGUCAACUACACAUCCCUGGUCUUCCAAACUACCGGUCGCAGUGCAAGCACUGCAGGGGACUAUGAGAACAUGAAGAUGGGAGCAGACUAUGUCAACGUGGAUCCCCAAAAAAGGAAGGUGGAUUUCUGGACCUGCUCGAGCCCUGUAUCUUCCAACCCCGUAGAAUAUACUGAAGUGAAAUUGUGAUUAUUGAGAUGCUAUUAACUAAGUUUUCCUUAGGAACGUCAG